UGAAGUAGCAGUCAUUUGUGAUAAAUGGGUUUAUAGAAAGAUUCAUUGGGUUGCACGAGUAAACUGGAAGGUACAGAACUGGAAUGAUCCCAAUUUUGAACAACAAUCUGUAACUGGGUUCUGAUUUUUCAUCUAUUAAGUGGAACCAAUAUAAAGCUCAAACAGUCUGUAAUUCCUACUCUUGCCUCGGUAGCCUGGUUUUUCAAAAACAGCCACAGGGGUGAGCCCCUUACUGUAAAGCCAAGAAAGCUCGAGUAGGCAGGAUAACUGCUGCAGCCGCAGGAAGAUUAAUUUAUAGUCUAUCUUUACUGACACAAGAUUAAGGGUAAUUUAAGCUGACUGAGCAGUCUUGGCAUCGUGGUUUGGUGCAUCUGAAGCAAAUUUCCCUGUGCUAAGGGAAGCAGUGAGAACGAGAUGUCGAUGGCCACUUCCACAAAAAGGUCCCAGAAAUGGCGAGAGGAUAUGCAUGAGUUUCGAAAGAAGCAUGGCCUGUCCAAAGCAGUACUGCUGAACUGCUGUCUCGUUAAACGAAUCCUUGCCUGGACAACUCCAGCCACCAAAGACAGUGUUGAAGAUGAAUUGGAAAUGGCUACCGUCUGCCAUCGCCCUGAGGGGCUGGAGCAGCUUGAGGCACAAACUAAAUUCACAAAGAAAGAGCUUCAGAUCCUCUAUAGGGGUUUUAAAAAUGAAUGUCCCAGUGGCAUAGUUAAUGAAGAGACAUUCAAAGAGAUUUACGCACAGUUUUUUCCCCAAGGAGACGCAACCACAUAUGCACACUUUCUGUUUAAUGCCUUUGACACAGACCACAAUGGAUCAGUGAGUUUUGAGGAUUUUGUUAUGGGCCUUUCUGUUUUACUUCGUGGAACAAUACAGGACAAACUUAAAUGGGCUUUCAAUUUGUACGACAUAAAUAAGGACGGAUAUGUAACUAAGGAGGAGAUGUUGGAUAUAAUGAAAUCUAUUUAUGACAUGAUGGGAAAAUACACUUAUCCUAUUCUCAGAGAGGAAACGCCCAGACAACAUGUUGAGAUUUUUUUCCAGAAAAUGGAUAAAAAUAAAGAUGGAGUUGUCACUAUUGAUGAAUUCAUUGAUACCUGCCAAAAAGAUGAAAACAUUAUGAAAUCCAUGCAACUCUUCGAAAAUAUCAUUUAACAACAGCAGCAAUCAAGCACUUUAUAGAUUCUAAAUUAAAUUUGACUGACUGUGAUCAGUGGAAAAACCACGACAGCUAUAACUGAACUCAGCAACAGGCUGAGAUAACAUAUUAUGCAAGUGAGCUUUGUUCAGCUGUAAAGCUUCCAACUAGUAAUUUUUUUAGAGUUAUGAACGUAUCCAUCUUAUGAAAUUCAGAAUUAUUUUGAGUUUUCGUAUGAUUUUGAGUUAGUUGUACAUGUAGGAUGCAUGUUUUCCUAAACUAGGGGACUGAGAUAAUGACUCUUUGGAAAGAUAAUAAAGUCUAUGGUUAUGUCACGACUGUGACAUUCCUUUUCGUCAUAUGGAUGAGAAAUAGAUUUUGUAUGGUGUGUGUGUGUGUGUGUGUGUGUGUGUGUGUGUGUGUGUGUGUGUGUGUGUGUGUGCGCGCGCGUGAGAGAGAGAGUGUGAGUGAGAGAGAGAGAGACUGUGUAGCACAACACUUCUGAUUUGCUGGAUACUGUGUGGAAAUAUGCAACAUCCAAAUCAAACAUAAUCCAAUAGCCCAUUUAAAUGUAAUUUUAAUAAUACAUAGAACAAGAUAACAAAAUAUUAACUAACGUACCAUCCAUUUGUACAUCACAUUUUCUUAACAAGUAUAAAUGCAGCACCUUUUAUGGGAAAGUAGAGUUACAUGACUACUUCAGGUAUUGAAAUGGAAUCCUAAAGACAGGUACAAACUGCUCUGAUUUCUUUGUUAGAACUGAGGGCAGUGCAAUCCCAUUACUUCUGAGAUUUACAGCAGUGUAUUUGUGUAUUAAUAUGUGUACAUUUUGUAAAAAGCAAAAGAGUCCACAACAAUAAAGACAGAAAGUUUA